AUGUCGACUGAGGGAGACAGCGGGGUGGGGAAGGGGGGAGGGGCUGAAGGUGCUGCUCCUGCUCCUGCUGCUACUGAAUUCACAGCAGACCAGAUUGAAGACUUCAAGGAGGCCUUUGGUCUCUUCGACAGAGUUGGCGACAACAUGGUUGCCUACAAUCAGGUUGCUGACAUCAUGCGCGCCCUGGGACAGAACCCCACCAACAAGGACGUGAAGAAGAUCCUGGGUGACCCCUCUGCUGAGGACAUGGCCAACAAGAGGAUUGACUUUGAUGCUUUCCUGCCAAUGCUGAAGGCGGUCGAUGCCCUCCAGAAGGGUACCUAUGAUGACUACGUUGAGGGUCUGCGCGUCUUCGACAAGGAGGGCAACGGCACAGUCAUGGGUGCUGAGUUGCGCAUUGUGCUGUCAACACUGGGUGAGAAGAUGGCUGAGCCUGAGAUUGAUGCCCUCAUGCAAGGACAGGAGGACGAGAACGGCAGUGUCAACUACGAGUCAUUUGUCAAGCACAUCUUGUCCGUGUAA